UUUAUAGUAAUUUGCGCAUAUAAUCGACAGACUGUGCUACUUCUGUUGUACAUUUAUCAGUGUUUGCAGUUUUAGUGCGAUAUAUAGUAUGUUCGGAAAUAUAGCACGUGCUUUUAUUGCUGUUUAAAUGUAUACAAAGUAUGCUACCACUGCUACUAACUCCGUGGGUGGGAGUAUUCUGUUAUUACGAUAACAGAAUCACAUGUAAUUACCCACAUGUAAUUUUCCUUGCUGACUAUUUGCUGACGCGAUGAUGUCUGUGAAAGAGUUACCAGUAGCAAAUUUGCGACAAGAAAAAACAUGGGUACCGUGCAUAGGUGAUUUUGGGAUUUUGAAGGAAUUCUUUGCGCGUAAGAGGCGGCCGAUUUGGCAGGCAGUGCAAUUAUUUGAGGCUUUUCUGCGUGGAUUCGGACAGAUUGUUUUUGCGAAUAAUCCCCUGAGCGGGCUGCUGAUAAUAGUUACCUUGGGUGUGGUAUCGCCAGGUACAUUGGCGUUGUCUGCAGCCACCGCCGGCCUUGGCCUCGUACUGUCCGUGCUCAUACGAGAACCCGACGACAUCGUGGACAAUGGAUUAAGCGUAUACAAUCCCUUGUUGGUCGGCGCAAUGUCAUACAGUCUGAUACCGGAGAUUUACGGAGGUUUCGACUCCUUCAGCCUCCUGCUUGUGCUUUUAGCGACAAUAAUCAGUGUUUAUCUCUCGCGGUCCCUGAGAAGCGAUAAAUUCUCGUGCACAACGUGGCCAUUUAACUUGGCGGAGUUCGCGUUGAUUUUCGCCCUCUCGACGCAGAAUGGCAUGGACAUGGUGGCCACAUCCGCGGAGCCAAUGUUUGCAAUGCACAAUGCAACAAGUGAGACGACGACGACGACGACGACGACGACGACGACGACGAACGGCGCCGGUUUCUACGAGCAGAAUACGACUAACGUUUACAUCGACUGGGGAAAGGUUGUACGAGGCAGCGUCGUCUCCGCGUCGCAGCUUUUCGCCGUCGAUAAUGUGAUGGUUGGAUCCAUCAUGUAUUUGGCAUCGCUAAUAUACUCCCCUACGACAGCCGCGUUUUCAUUUUUCGGCGCUUUCUGCGGAACUUUUGCAGGCCUGGAGCUCGGAGCGGACAGACACACGGCCUACAGCGGGUUAUGGGGAUACAACAGCUUUCUGACCGGGGCUGCUCUGGGAGGAAAUCUGUUGGUGCUGAACGGUCAAACGGCCGCCGCCGCUAUCAUGGCGAUCAUUUACACCCCGCUUUUGCAGUACGCCUUACAUUCGGUGUUCGGAAAGUUACCGGUGUUGACGCUGCCGUUCGUGAUUGCGGCCUCGUUGUUUCUAAAAUUAAGCGACGGCAAGGAGGACCCGACGUUCCCGUGGCCCGUAUCGAUCACCUUUCCCGAGAAAGAGCGUCAUCGUUAUCUCGCCCGUCGUGCAACAUUUCGGGAGGAGAGAGAAGAUGCUGUAGAAGAAAUUAAUCUUGUCAGUUCGGACGAAAUGGGACCAAUCUCAUCGAAUAAUUAAUGUUUGCACCGACGUCCCAGAGGAACGUUUCUGAUUCCAGCAAGAUUCUUCGGCGCGUUUCCAGAUAAUGGCGUACGUGCUAAUCGUCUUAUCUCGCGUGGGCGGUUUAGGAACGGUCAAUAGGGAAGAUGAUAUAUAAGGGCUUCUUCUGGUGGAAGGGGCUUUUUUUCGGCGGGGCGCCUUCAUUGAGCUACUGAGAAGCUACAGGUCGAUCGAUGAAAUUUAUUUCGACGCUUUCGCUGUCACGGGUUAUAAAUUCGAUCGCUAGAUUUUUAUCCGAGAAAGCGAUAUUGCAUCGGGGGAACUAUAUGGAGCUCAACUGCUUAUUGCUACUGGAUUUCGAUUCCCACUUUGGCGCAAAGGCGAGCUGCCACGAGAUGUAAGGCGAACGCAUUUCCGCGCAUGAAGACGAGAGCCUUAUUGGAACUUUUCCAAAACGAGUGGACGGCGACAAGAAUCUGCGAGAGAGUUUUGUCUCUACAUUUUAACAAAGACGAGACCAGCCCGAGGGUUCUCUCGGCGAUCUCUCGGUCUUUCUCUUCGGUUUAAUCAAACUAGCGAGAAGCACGCCUGGCGAUUUGUGUAGGAAUGACGGCCACAAUUCGCUCCAAUUCUCCAAGAGAGGGGCGGUAAUGAAGAAAAGCGGAGCAAGAUUUCUGGUACCUCGCACGAUCGUUACCGGCGUGUAAUUUUUUAAUUUCGCGAUUCAAUAUUCGAGAUUCAUUCAAUCUUGAUUUUUUUACAUUAGCAUUAAGAGUGCGCAUUAACACGUGACGACGUUGUUAAAAUAUAGAAUUUCAGAUUUGUCUGGUACGAGUACCACGAUCUAUCUUUAUAACGUAACCCCAUAACUGCGCCGUUGCAGCAAGUAAUAAAAUGAUUUAUACCUCGAUAAGCCCGGUUUAACACAGGGCCCAGAUGCCUCCGCAAAGUCGGCUUUUCCUCUGCGAAAACUGUGUAACGGACAGUUUCACAUAAUUAUACGAUAGUCUAUUCAAAAUUAACGCCGGCAAUUUGCGGUUUGCCGACAUGCAGUUUACCAUUUCGGGAGUAAUUAAAGGCCAAUCAUUUUAAUUUCGAACAUUAACGCCACUCACUAAUAGCAGGACAAUAAGUAUGUUAUAUAUUGAUAAUUAAGCUGCAAAUUAAAGUUUUGUUAUAUGCUAUAAAAUCCAUUUGAAAUUUAA